ACCAGCUCAGCUCUCCCACCACCACCAGUGACUGGAGAGACUGUCCAGUACUCCAGAGCCAGUGAGAAGCAGCCAUGUCGUGAGACACCACAGGAACCUGUUCAAGGCGAGGUUGUUUCUAACAAUGGACGAUCACAGGGUCAAGGGGACCAGGAGCAAAACAAUGCAAAACCCACUGAUCUUCAUCCCCUUGACAAGGAUAUCAGUGUUCACUUAAUCCUGACUCCAACUGAGGACUGUACAGUC